GGUGUAAUAUUAUUUUUCGUUGUACUUAAACUUGGUUUUUUUGUUAUUUAAGGACAACUUUAAUUCCGUGGUUUUCGGUUUUCCCCGAUUUUAAGAAAACCAUUUCGAACGUUACUUGCCAGUGUUUACCAGUAUAUAAUGAAAACACAGAACCCUAGUCAUAAAGUGUAUUCUCAGUAAUUGCACAAAGGCCGCUUCUGUCACCUUACCGAGGCUUCUGAAAGGGAACAAUCUAAGUAUAUGAGGACACAUCUGUAUUCGAGUGAAGAGAAAAUAUUUCUCUUCACUCUAAUGAACUGGAUAUGCAGCUUUCACAAAAUUCAGUCUGCUAUAUUCUAUUACAGGAACCCCAUGACCUGGUGAAAAAUUUAAGACUUCAAUUAAAGACUGCUCAGAAAAGGCUGCACAAACUUGAAAAAGAGCUGGACAGCAUUAAAAAAGCCAAACAUAUCAAUGAGGACCAGGUAAAAAGUACCCCAAGUUAAUGCUUGCAUAAUAGAUGUACAGAUAUGUGUAAGGGUGAUAUUAGUGGUGAGACAUUGGGAGAAAAUCCAUAACAGUAGUAGACAGAACUUCCUAUGAUUAACUUUCACCACCAUGCACUUGUAGCUGAUCAUGUUGUAUCUACUGCACUGUCCUCAACAUGAGGGUGAACAAGCUGCAUCAUUCGAUCGCCAUUACCAGCGUGUCAAGGUCGUGCCAACAUUAAUGAAGGCUACGGCGAGUUUCUUUUCUCUGCGCAUGUGCAUACUCUCGCUUUCAUUCCCAUAGGCACGAAUUUGACGUGCUGGUAGAGGGGAUUGAAGAGGUUACUUUGUUCACCUUCAUAUUGAGGACAAGACUGUACCUGUAUGUUGAAAGCUUGUGGUAACUGUACCAAUAAACAAUUUUUCGGUAUUGUAAAAACUGGAUGGUUCUUAUUUUUCUAGAUCAAAUGCCUCUCAAAAGGUAACAUGAGAGGUUCAAAAUGGUCAGAGUUGACCAUACAGACUGCCCUUAGGGCUCGCCUGGCUUGUGGAAGCCAUGGCUACAACUACGUAAGAGAGAACUUGGUGCCAUUUCCAAGCCAACGCACCCUGCAGUCACGAAUAGAAAAACACAAGUACCUACCAGGGAUUUUGGAAGAACUGUUUCCUGCAUUAGGCGAGAAAGCUGCAAGGAUGCUUCCACAGGAGCGACAUGCAGCUCUGCUUAUGGAUGAAAUGCAGAUUACACCAGGAUAUGACAUAGAUCCAGCAUCAAAACAGAUUCUUGGUGCCCGCACUGUGAAACCACCGCCUCUGCCACCUAAAAGGAAACGGACUCCUAAAGCCCAUGCUGCACAGCCUGGGGCUGCAUCACCUGAACCAGAACAAAUCAUUAGUGAAUGCCAAGAGCAAACUGGUACUCAGUCACCGCAAAUGGAACAGGUUCUUGCUGGAUGCCAUGUGCAGCCUGGGACUGUGUCGCCCCAAAGAGAACAGAAUCUUCCUGACUUCAGCGUGCAGCCUGGGACUGUGUCGCCCCAAAGAGAACAAAAUCUUCCUGACUUGGGCGUGCAGCCUGGGGCUGCAUCAGCUAAAGAAAUCCCUCCGCCACAUGCUACACAUGCCCUAGUGUUUAUGUUGGCAGGGAUGGCAUCAAGGUGGAAACAGGUCGUCGCCUAUCACUUCACAGGUAAUUCCUUCGACCCCAAAGAAGUUAAGGACAUCUUGUUCAACAUCAUCAAGAAGUGUGAAGGUCUACAGAUGGUGGUUGAUGCCGUCAUAUCAGAUAUGGGCCCUUGUAACCAAGGCAUUUGGCGCCUUUGUGGUGUUCAUGCAUCACGCUCAGUCCCAGCAGCAGUGUCCUGCAGACAUCCUUGUGCUGGGGACACGAACAGGCAACUUUUCUUUCUAGCGGAUGCCCCCCACCUUCUUAAAAACAUUCGAGGACACCUUGUGAAAGGCCAAGAGAUUGUCCUCCCAAGAGAUGUUGUACAGAAGCAUGGGCUACCUUCCAACAGGGUUUCUCUGAAGCAUGUCGAGGAGCUAGUGGCAAUCGACAGCAAGCAUGACAUGAAACUGGUGCCUAAGUUGAAACACAUCUGAACCCCUCCCACUUUGAUAAAAUGGAUGUACGGUCGGCUCAUGCUUUGCUCAAUCAUGCUGUCGGAGCUGCGAUCAAGCUCCUCGUUCUACAGGGAAAAAUGGCAGAAGAGGCUUUAACAACUCCCUGGUUCUUGGAACUCAUGCACAAAUGGUUUUCACUGAUGACCUCUCGCUCAUUUAAACUUGCGAUGAGCGAAGCCAAUCCUAUUAAGCACGAGGAGGCCGUGACAUUCCUGGCUGACGUGUCCGACACCUUUUCGAGACUUUGUAUCAGAAAAGAGGGCCAGAGGAAGAGUUUCAAGCCUUGCCAGGCAGGAAUGAUGAUUACCACGCAGUCGGCACUAAGGCUCCAGGACAUGCUCUUAAAAGAAAGAGGCUUUAAUAUCGUCUUUAUGAGUCGCACAACCCAAGACUGCCUUGAAAAUCUGUUCAGCGUAAUCCGCAGAAAAAAUCCCAUUCCCCGCGCCCUGGAGUUCAAGACAUGUCUACGGCUUAUUACUAUCAGUCAAUUUUUUAGUGAUUGUUCAACGAGCAACUACGACAUUGACCCUGCCCAGCAUCUGCUCAGCUUCUUAAGCACGGCAAAUCCAGA